AUAGCGACGGAAUUUGUUUAUGAAGAAUGCUGCAGUAUCCUCAACAUUAUUGAGAGAGCUUUUGACUUAUCAAAAUUGAUUAUGGAGGCACCUAUAGAAACAUUUAUCAAAGAUUUUGUAUGGGCUAGGACUGGAGAAACAGUAUAUACAGAUUUGUCGACACCAUCUGUUGUGUUAAUUAGAGAUGUUAAAACCUGUGGAUCAACAGCUCUGGCGGCUUUGUGGCUUAACAUCCUGCAACAUCCUAACAACUACCCUGUACAACGAUACCCAUACAGGAAACUUUAUCAGAAAAAUGGAACUUACAAAGUUGUAUUAACAGUGGAUGAUGUGACAUUGACAGUCUCAAUGUCCUUUGGAUCUCUAAAAAUGAAGGGAGAAUUUAUACUCCAUUGGUUUCAAACGCAUUUCUUGAAAGUCUUGGAUGCAUAUGGAAGGCCAUGGGCAUACCCUCAACCAUUAGAUGAUAAAUAUUCCAAGUUGAGAAAAACUUGGGAGAAUUUACCUUCAGUGAAACACUCUGCUGUAGUUGUAAUUGAGAAUAAAACAGAAGUGAUAGAUAGCAAAGAAGACACUGUUCCUGAAAAUAAAGACGAAACAGAUUCAGAAAACAAAGAAGCAGAUAUAACAGAGGAGAAAGUUGAAGAGAGUUCACCUGAGGAAAAUGAUGAUCUGAUGGAUUUGAAAGAGGCACUACAGAAUGUAAACAAAGAGAGGGGUUCAGAUGAAGACAUAAUGAAACAGAUUGCUAGUUUGUCUGACAGCUGUGUCCAGCAUGGUCCUGAAUAUAUUUACAUCUUGUGGAAAUGUCUGUUAGAACAGUGGUUCAAAGAUGCUGACAACAGGGUGUACAUUGUUACUCCCCAACUAGAUGUGGAUCGUCUGAAGGACAUUGUCCAGCUUGUCCUGAAUCAAAGAUUAACGGCCAAUUUAGAAGCUUUAUACGUUCACCAUAAAUGUGAUCUCAUUCAGAACAUCGGAGAUGUUAAAGCCACUGUCCAGAAACAAUAUCCUAGCAAAGACCAAGUUUUUAUUGAAUACAAAAUCUACAGCAACAUCAUUUAUCCAUUAGCAGAGUUUCAGUGUAAAUUCAUAGCAUGCAUCAAAAAGGGUAAAGUUUGUGUAUUACAAACCAGUGCUAACUUCCAUGCAGAUCAUUUUGUAAAUGAGAGUGUUGACACAGUCAGUUUUCAUCAGAUGUCAAAAGAUGAAUUUCAUCAGAGAUUCCUCAAACCUAUUUUAGCUUCACAGUUUUUGCAAGUCAGUGAAAAAUAGUCAACUCCUUUAUUAUUAUGCAUCGUGUAUUAGUUUUUGCUUUUAGGACACUCAUAUUGAUAAUAAGAUAUCACCAAUUAUCAAAUAAUAAUUGUACAUGUAUGAAAUAAGUUUUUUUCACCCAAUAUAGUAAAACUAUAUCUUGCAUGUGCUUUUGUCUAUUUAUUGUAUGGGGUUACAGUACUAAGAGGUAAUUACAAAAUGUUUCUGGCAGGUUAUGUACAGAUUUUUUGUACACAGUUUUUACACACCCCCCCCCCCCUUGAAAACACCAACACAAAAACAAAAGUAAUGAUAUAUUAAAUAGAAUAAGUGUAUUAUUGUAAAGAAGGUAAACACAAAUUAUACUCUCUUAUGAUAAUACAUACAUGAAGGUCACCCAUAAAUCCAGUAAAUGACAUUGUAUGUCACAAAUAUCUUAAACCAUUCUUGUCAAUUAAACUUGUCAUUUCAACUUGUUUCCUAUGAGCAUCCCACUCCUGCCAAAAAAAUUUAAAGAUGAGGAGAUGUGGUGAGAUUGCCAAUGAGACAACUAGGCAUACAGUCACUGAUGGACAAGAUGUGAAAUGUCAAAUUUUGACUGGUAUUUUGAAAAAGUAUUAAAAACAAAGGCUUAACUAAUGUUUGCAAGAUGCAUUAUAAGCAAAUUUUAUGAUGAAAGAAUGGCAUGUAACCUUUUUUGGUUGGGCUCAGGGGUCCAUCUAGAAGUUUUGCCCACUUUGUAACUCUCCCACUUUGGACAUUGGAAAUGACAAAAUUCACCCAAGUUGUAAUCUAAGUGCGACUUAUUUUGAUGAAUUGCAUUACCAUAUGAUUGAUAUGAGAUUGAGAUAUUGGUUUGUUUGUGUAGAAAUAGUUUUUGCUGUUAGAAAUUGAUUUUUUCAUUCCCCACCUACAUGUACGAUAGUUAUGUUUUCCAGUUUGUUUGUCCAUUAAUCUGUCCGUCCUGUAUAAUGUUUAAAGUUUUGCUUCAAGGUUGUUUACCAACUUGAAACUUGGUACAUAUUUUCAAUAUGAUAUGAACUUUUCUCUAAUUUUUGUGCUAUUUUCACAUUUCUUGAUCGGUGUGAGAAAAAUAUUUCUCCUCACUGGUGAAAUAUCUUUUCUCGGCAAAUGAUUGGUUGAAAUUUGAUUAUGACUUAAAAUUUUCUUGGUUUCUUCUGAAUUUCCUAUUGUGACGUCAUGAAAAAAAGGCGACCAUGCCUGAUGACGUCACAUAUAAAGAACACAACUUUCUGCAAAUCUUUGAAAAGGAAGGAUAAAAAUCAUUAGAGAAACAGAUUUCACCAUUAUGACUCGUGUAUUACGAUAUUUCUCCACUCUCAACAGUUACAUUUUAAUUAUUUAAAAAGUUCGGCAAAUUUAACUGUCUCGAGUGGAGAAAUAUCGUAACACACUUGUUGCAGUGGUGGAAUCUAUAUAUUAUUUAUUUUGUCUGUUGUCUUUACAUGUAUUUGUUAUUUUACAUGAUUUUAUUUUGUAUGUUAUUUUUAUAGUUUAUUUUACAUAAUUUUCUGUUUGAUAUAAAAUAUUUUUUUGAUUUUUGGUACAGUAGUUUGGUUUUAAGUACCACCGAUAAAUAAAAAUUUUCAAACUGUUCAUAAGCUUUGGUGUAUAUUGUAAUUUUGUCAAAAGAUGAGAAGACUUUUUGAGAUAAAAGAUUAAUCUGAUAGAGAUUACUAUUAUACUAAUGAAAAAUUAAAAAAUAAAAAAAAAUUAAAUUAAUCAAUAAUAUGGCUGGCCAGGUGACUUUUUAUAUGUUUCCUGGAGUUUUGAUGAAGCAAUUGCUAUUUUUUUCUGCAGCUGUCAAUUGAACAGCUACAGUAUUUAUCUAAAUUGAUAAAUAAUUGUAUGAAAGGAAAAAAACAUUACAGAUAUUAUAUGCUAGCCUCUGUGAUAUAUAUGCAUUGCCAUUUUCUUGCCACAAUUUGUCCAAUCAAUGUAUUUUUUAGGAUCAUGUCAAGCUGAUUCUAAUCCAACUGAAUCUGAAGAAUUACUGGUAAUAGGUAUAUAAACUAGUAAUGCUGAUCUAAUAAAGAUAACUGUUUUGGUUUAAUAAUACAUUAUGUAUUUUGGACACAUUCCCACUAAUUGAAGUUCAGUAUCAGUUGUAUUUUUACCUCUCCUCCACUUAUUGGCAGGGGCAUAUAUUUAUAGUGCUAUCUUUGUUGGCCAUUCUCAUUUUAAAAAAUCUGAAUAUCUAGACCAUUUCUAUAAUGCCUGUAGAUAUUGAGAUGAUUUUUGCUUCAUAUUAAUAUAAAGGUGAAUUUACAGAUUGAGUUCACAUUUUGUUUUGGAUGACCUUAUUUUCAUGGAGUUUUGGAAUUUGGCCACAAGCAGGUCAUAUGAAUUGGUUGGACAUGUUUAGUUUUUGGUUUGUUAAUUUAAUUUUGAAACAACAAUGUAUUAAUAUAUGUUACAUAUGAAGUAACAAGGAAUAACAGUAAAAAAUAAAUGUUGACAGUCUUUGGCUUUCUAUGUUGUUGUGCGUACUGUACUGCCUGUUUGUCCGUUUGUCUUUUUCUUUUUUAGCGAUGGCGUUGUCAGUUUAUUUUUGAUUUAUGAGUUUGAAUAUCCCUUUGGUAUCCUUCGCUUCUCUUUUACUUAGUGUUUUCCUUAUGAAUUUUUUAUAACAAUAUAUUCAGAUUUAUAGAAGAAUUUAUUCAGAAUUAGCUUUUUGUGACAAAAGAAGAAUUCUUUUUGAGAUAAAAUGUAGAAGCCAGGAAAGCUGGUGAAAAAUCGUUUAAAGGCAUAUUGUAUUAUAUAUCAUUAACCAGGUCGCUAGAUGGACCUAGAUGUAGUAGAAAAUUUACCUAACUUUGGAAAACUUUUGUAAUUCCUGGGCAAAGUUCAGAAUAAUUUGUGUAUAUUGAUAAAAUGUUCAUAUUAUGCAUCUGAUUUCUCAUAUUAUAUUGAAGUACAACUUUCAAGUUAUUUUGUUAUUUCCAUAAUUUUCAGUACAAAUGUAUACCAAAGAUACAUUAAAUUUGGAGUAGAAAAGAGCAACACUUGAUACUAAUGGGUUAGAUGAUAAUUAAAAGACUUGAGUUAUGAAAUUUGUAAAUUGUUCACAUUUGCACUGUUGAAAAAUUAAUCAAAAACAUCUUCUAGCAUUGCACAAAAACCCAUUUAGACAUCAAUCAGAAAGAAUUUCACCAGAAACUUAUUUUUAAACCCACCGAAAUUUGAUUAUACUAAUUCAAAACAGCAUCCCUAUUUAAUUAUGUCAUGAAAUAUUAUUUAUUUACUUCCUGUGAUAUUUAUAUUUUAAUAAGUGUAUACACACAUAGAUUUUUUAUUCACCUACUGUCAAAUAACUUACACAUUCAAAUGCUAUAUUUAGAAUUCAGUAUUCGGAUGUUUUAGAUGAUCUUUAUUGUUACAGUAUAUUUUACAUUAAAUUUUAUUAUUUACAUGUAUCUUCACAAUGUUUAUAAAAAUAAAUUAUACACAUUUUC